GCAGACGGACUGCUUUACUGUAGACGUUCUUUAUAUUGUGGGAAAGCGGACUCAGGUCCGCAUGGAGCUGGAGGGGGCGUGGCCUCCAGCUCCGCCUGAAUUUCGGGAGAUUUUCGGGAGAAAAUUUGUCCCGGGAGGUUUUCGGGAGAGGCGCUGAAUUUCGGGAGUCUCCCGGAAAAUCCGGGAGGGUUGGCAAAACUUGUGGAAGCAUGUUGUGGGAUGGAUAAUCAACAACACAGAUCGACUAUGGCCUCCAACGACCCUGACCCCGCCGACCCCUGUGGUGACCCCCAGCCGGGUGACCUGAUCGAGAUAUUCCGACCGGCCUAUCAGCAUUGGGCGCUCUACUUGGGCGACGGUUACAUCAUCAACUUGACUCCUGUCGACGAGAGCCAGGCGGCCGCCAUGUCCAGCGUCAAGUCCGUCUUCAGCCGCAAGGCGGUGGUCCGCAUGCAGCUGCUGAAGGAGGUGGUGGGCGCCGACUCUUACCGCGUCAACAACAAGUACGACCACACGCACACGCCGCUGGCCGUCGAUGACAUCAUCCAGCGAGCGCAGGUCCUGAUUGGCCAGGAGGUGUCCUACGACCUGCUGGGCAGCAACUGUGAGCACUUUGUCACCUUGCUGCGCUACGGCCAGGGAGUGUCCGAGCAGGCAACAAGAGCCAUGGGGGCCAUCAGUUUGGUGACGGCGGCGGCGAGCGCCUUCUCUGUCCUGGGACUGAUCAACACUCGAUCCAGGAACAGACCCUUCUGACGUCCUCUAAAGAUUCUUCUUUUACGAAUCCCCUCGAGAAAGUCAGAUGUCAGGCAUCGGGAAUAAAAACAAA